CUGACACGAGCAGCCGUCCGGACGUGUACAGCGAGCCUCCGCCGAUGGUCGUCCACGUGCUGGCCUCUCUCCUCUUCGACGUCGCGGACCGCACGGGAGCUUCAGCCAGUCGUGCUUGGGAUCGCGCAGGAGGAGGACGUGCUUUCCCCUUGGUCUCGGCGAGGACCUGACCCUCUGUCUCUGUUCCCGUCGCAGGAAUAGCGUCGACUUGCUUUGCGAUUUGUUCGCCACGUUUCGCCCUUGGAUAAAUACUCCGGUUUCGCUCGCCCUCCGCCCGUGUCUUGUGUGCAAAGUGGGAGGAUUUGGUCGAGUCUUUGAGACAGCGUUUCGAGGACGACCUGGUGUUUGAGUGAGACAAGGACGAGGUCAUUUCCCCUGCAGCGACCCCGCCCUCGAAGCAGCCCUUCGCCAUGAUGAGCUCCGGCCGAGACGACUUGUGCGGAGGCGCGGGCGGGAGCGGGGGCGGCGCGCCCCACCGCACGCCCCCGAGCGCGGCCGUCGAGGCGGAGAUGCGGCUGUACCUGGACAAGCUGCGGGAGAUCGUGCCGCACAUCCCGCGGAACCGCAAGGUGACGCGGCUCGAGCUCAUCCAGCACGUGAUCGACUACAUCUGCGACCUGCAGCACGCCCUCGAGGACCACCCCGGCCUCAAGGACGAGCACGCCGGGCCCGGCCUCCUCACGCCACCCCACCUUCGUCCACACCAGCUGUCGCCCAUGGCGCCGCACCUCAUGCCGCCCGCGCCGCCGCUCCACGCCCACCUCGCGGCCAGCCCGCACCACAUGCUGCCCAGCCCGCCCACCUCGCGCCCCGCGGAGCACAGCGCCCACCUGCCGCUCCAAUUGUGUCGGCUUACUCGGCCGUCAGGCAGCCUACCUGGCUCGGUAGACCUAAAUCCACGCCAACACCCCUGCAGCCAUGCUACGGUUGAUAGUCCGACCGCACCCGCCCUUCACGCCACAAACCCAGGAGACUUCCAGAGUGCUGAGGUGGCAGAGGCGGGGCAGUGUGGUGGGUACGACGCGGCCUCUCGCACACCAAGCUGGGGGAGAUGGGCAUGGUCAGGCCAGAUGGCUUUGGAUUCAUUACACUUCUUAUCACUGUGGAAUUUUGGACUCAAGAUCAUGCUAUGUGAAAACGAGUGUUUUGGCAUCAUCAGUGAUUCAGAUCGUGUUCUUUUAAGAUAUCUUCAGUUCUUGUACAAUAUUUAG